AUGGAGUUCGACUGCGAGAGUCUCAGGCGGCUCCUGGGCAAGUACAAGUUCAGAGAUCUAACUGUGGAAGAACUAAAGAAUGUAAAUAGGUUUUUCCCACAUUUCAGAUAUUCCAUGGACACCUAUGUGUUCAAAGAUAGUUCCCAGAAAGACCUGCUGAAUUUCACUGGCACUAUUCCUGUGAUGUACCAUGGUAAUACAUACAACAUACCAAUUCGUUUGUGGAUCUUGGAUUCCCACCCUUUUGCUCCCCCCAUUUGCUUCUUAAAGCCAACUGCAAAUAUGGGUGUCUCAGUUGGAAAACAUGUGGAUGCUCAAGGCAGAAUAUACUUGCCCUAUCUUCAAAACUGGAGCCAUCCUAAGUCUGUCAUUGUUGGACUAAUUAAAGAAAUGAUUGCCAAGUUUCAAGAGGAACUUCCCCUGUAUUCUCUACCGUCGUCUGAUGAGGCACGGCAGGUAGACUUGCUAGCCUAUAUUGCAAAAAUCACUGAAGGUGUCUCAGACAUAAAUUCAAAGAACUGGGCAAAUCAUGAGCAUAAAACAGUCAAUAAAAUUACUGUGGUUGGAGGUGGAGAACUGGGAAUUGCCUGCACAUUAGCAAUCUCAGCAAAGGGCAUUGCAGACAGACUGGUCCUCUUGGACCUCUCAGAAGAGACGAAAGGAGGAGUGAUGGACCUUGACAUCUUUAACCUGCCUAAUGUGGAGAUCAGCAAAGAUUUGUCUGCCUCUGCUCAUUCCAAGGUGGUGAUCUUCACAGUCAACUCUUUGGGUAGUUCUCAGUCCUACCUUGAUGUGGUACAAAGCAAUGUGGAUAUGUUCAGAGCCCUUGUCCCAGCUCUGGGACACUAUAGUCAACAUGGUAUCCUGCUUGUUGCAUCUCAACCAGUGGAAAUCAUGACUUACGUGACGUGGAAACUGAGUGCAUUUCCUACAAAUCGAGUGAUUGGAAUUGGAUGUAAUCUGGAUUCACAGAGAUUACAGUACAUUAUUACAAAUGUUUUGAAGGCACAAAUGUCAGGAAAACAAGUAUGGGUUAUUGGUGAGCAGGGAGAAGACAAAGUGCCCACAUGGGGUGGCCAAGAAGAAGUGAUGAGUCAUAACUCUCAAGUGCAGUUGUCCAACAGAGCCAUGGAGGUGUUACGGGUAAAAGGUCAAAGAUCCUGGUCUGUUGGACUAUCAGUGGCUGACCUGGUUGACAGUAUUGUAAAUGAUAAAAAGAAAGUACAUUCUGUAUCAAUUUUAGCAAAGGGAUAUUAUGAUAUAAACAAUGAAGUGUUUUUAAGUUUGCCUUGCAUCCUUGGAUCCAGUGGAGUAUCUGAAGUCAUCCAAAGCACAGUGAAGGAAGAUACAGCAACUGAGAAACUCCAAAGCAGUGCAUCAUCAAUCCAUGGUCUCCAACAACAGUUAAAACUUUGA